GAACGGACGCAGGCCUUUGCCUGCGCGCGCAUCGCACCGCCAUCUUGCUCUUUGAAUUACGCGCCUUUCGCGCGCCAACAAUAAUUUGUGCAAUAUUGUUUGUCAUAAAGUUUAGUGCAAUUGAACUACAUUGUUUCAUUGAUAAAAUGUGCUAAUUUAAUGAAUGUAGCUUUUUAUUUAUAGUGCUUGUGUUGUGUUUUGUUUGGAAACAUUUUUAGUGAAUGCGUAAAAAGGAGAUAAGAAGGAUAUUUUGUUUGUGAAGUAAGUAAUGCGGCGCGCGGGCAGCGGCCCCGCCAGCCCCGCACCGCUCGAUCCCGCGCCCGCUCUUGUGCCCGCGCCGCACAGAACGUCAGAAAAUAAAGAAUUACUCCGACAACAGUUGCUGUCGGCGAGCAAGGAGCGCGCCGAUAGGCAAGAGUGCGCCAAACCCAAACACUCGCGUAGCCGACAGAAGAACAGAUGGAAACUCAAGUUCCACCACCAGGCGUUGCCGCAGGAGUACCUCGACCACUAUGAGCAGAGCCUGCAGAGGGCCAGCGCCAAGCAGCAAAGGAAGCCACCCGAAAAGCCAAAGGUUGAGCCUAACAUUGAAAUUAACAACUUUACUAACGAAACUUUCAAGAUUUGGGCGCAGCGCCUCGCAGAAAUUCAAAACGAGACCGGAUCUCCGCCCGCCCGGCAGAUGCCCUCCGUCCUCAGCAUGGCGGCCAAGCCCAAACACGAGGACAAGAAGAAGAAGAACCCAGCCAUCGCCCCGAGCAAGAUCAUGACGUACGAGGACUUGCCUUACAUGGGCGAAAUGACACUCAACAAUUCUAAGCCGAGGCGCGGCAGGAAACCGAAGAAGGCCGACAUCUGCCACCUCAUAUACGAAAACUACGGCACCGUGGUGCCAGGACAACCGCCACCGCAGGAGCGCCCGACCUCGCUCACCGCGAGCCCCGCCCUCCGCGGCGCGGAGCCCUCGUCGACCACAUCGAAAACGGACCUCCAGAACAAGAUCAUCUCGAACCUCCUGGAACGUAAGUUAUCGCAAGAAAACAGAAGGAGACUCGAAACUCAGUCGCCCCCGAGGUUCUGCAGUCCAGACGAGCCGAUGCCGGAGGCGCCGCGCACCGCCGCCGGGCCUCUGCACAGCGACGACGAGCCUCUCAACCUCUGCAUCCGGGAUCUGCACGACCUCAAGAUACAGAUACAGAAGAAAUUCGGAAACAUUUACUCGUCGCUGCCCGAAGUGAAGGUCGAGGCCGACGCCGACGCGUGCGAGCGGGACGACCUCAAGACCGAGCAGCCCAACGCCAUCUCCGUCAUCCAGAGGAACACAAACGUCGCGCCGACGACGGCCAGCAGCUCGCCGGACCUGUCGCGGCAGGCGAGGGUCGCGUCACCCGCACUCUCGGAGCCGGCGCAGAGCACGCCCGGAGCCGACGGGGACGACAAGUUCCCCGGCUACGUGUACUGGCCCAACGCCGGCGUGUACAUGCACCCGCUGGCUCUGCACACGCAGCUGAUGUACUACCAGAGGCUGGCCGCCGGAGCACCGCACGCCCCGGACGAGCCGCUCUCCAGCUGCAGCGAGGGCGCCGCCACCGAACCCAGCUCACCCGACGGAAACAAGAAGCUCGUGCUCAAGCAGAUAUCCGAGCUGCUGGAUCCUAAAGUUAUAAAACGUGCGGAGGAAGCCAAGAGUCCCGAUGCCAUAAAAGCGAAAAGGGCGUCACCGAAUCCCGGCCGGGGGCCGGUGAAGCGGAAGAGGUCGGCCAUCUUCAUCCCGCCCAUCCCCACGAGGACUUCCACCGCGCCCACCGCGGAGGUCAGCAUAUGCAAGUUCAAGUUCACCGGCGGCUCCAAGCCAUCGCUGCAGGAGAAGAAGAUGCUGUCGGUGGACUCCGGCGGCAACUUCCGCUACUACAGCGGCACCGGCGGCAAGGGCGCCCGGGGCUGCGCUCCCCCGAGCGAGCCGCCGCCGGAGCCCGCGCCGCCCGUCGAGCCGGACGCCCCGGCCGCCGCCUCCCUGAGUAAAGACGACCUCCAGAAGAAGAAGAGAAAGUCUCGGAAGACUCUGCAGAGAGAAAAACUCGAGCAGACGUUUAAGGAGAAGGGUUUCUUGAUCCAGACGCAGCAGCUGCAGUCGGCGGAGGGCGCCACCUACUGCAAGUUCCGGCAGCUGCGCAAGUUCACGCGGUACCUGUUCCGCAGCUGGAAGGACUACCUGCCCGGGGAGCUGGACGACCGCCCGACCCAGGACACGCCCGCCACCCCCCCUACCCCACUACCGCACGGCCUCGCCGAGUGGGGGUGAGGGACAUCACAAACAUUAUGUUAUAUUUGGAGGGAUUGUGUACGUAUACAGAACCCGGAGGUCACAGAGUGCAUUUAUAGCAUAGACAGAGACAGAGAAAGUUGUAAUGUACUUGUAGAUAUCGUCGUCCGUCCAUUUGUGUGUCAUAUUUACAUAUAUAUAGUGUGUUUGUGUGAAUGUAGCGAGGAUGCGACGAGUGGAUCUUACUUACAAUGAUCAAGGCGAGGUUAAGUUCAAGUUAUCUAAAUUGAAUAAAGUAAAUACAUUGAAAAGUAAUAUUAACUGACAACACAACUGACUUAUAAGAAAAUAUGGUUGGAUCGUCUUCUGGUUUGUGACUUUUAUAUUAUAGUAAGUAUAUAUAAUUUUUGUUGAUUUUUUUUUACAAUUCAAGAUACAAGAAGUAUCUCUAUAUACUGGUGUUAGAUAACGUAUAAUUUCUAUUGAUACAAAUGAGAUUUUUCAAAUGUUGAUGAACAAUUACAAAUAUCACAAAGGUGACAAUGACAGUAGUGAGAUGU